AUUCUAUAUCAUGAUUUAGGAGCAUCAUACCGCCCUAAAACAGAGAUGAUAGCAUCUAAGAAACGUUAAUACAUGUACCUUUUUCACAGGUGCCACAUUAUGUCAAAGGGAAGAUACAUACUCUUAGCAGUUGUCUGCGGUGCCGUUGCCUUUGCCCUUGGGGUCAUCAUCGGCUGGUUUUCCAAACCGGAGACAGGGUCUGUGUUGACGGACGAAGAUCGUGCUGCACUUGACAGGUAUCGGGCAAGCAUCGAGGAUGCAGAUGAGGCGAUCAGUGACCACAUUCUGGCAAACAUUGAUGCCGAGCGAAUCAGAGAAAACCUCAGGGUAUUGUCGGCUAAAUCACACAUGGCGGGAACACCUCCAGAUCAUGAGAUGGCGGAGCUCUUACGACGCAGGUGGCUGGAGAACGGACUGGACGAAGUCAGACUAGUUCCCUACGACAUUCUAUUGUCCUACCCACCGCUUGGCCGGGAGGGCCCCAACAACACGGCGGUGACGGUGGACGGAGCCGACCCCGCCCGAGAGUAUGAGGACACCCGCACCCUGCACAUCGAGCCCGAGUACCAGGACGACCCUGAUGCUGUACAGUUCUUCAAUGCCUACUCACCCGCGGGGCAUCCUGUGGGAGACCUUGUCUUCGCCAACUAUGGCCGGUUGCAGGACUUUGACUACCUGAAACAAGUCGGCGUCAAUUGCACGGGGAAAAUCGUCUUGAUGAAGUACAGGUCUGGCGGGAGGGGAACAAAAGCAAAAAACGCAGCCUCUGCCGGAGCGAUAGGAGCGAUACUGUACCCGGAACCAGCGGACACCAACGAGCCUGGUGGGAAGGUCUACCCCGAUGGAUGGAACCUCCCCGGGACUGGGACCGAGCGCGGAAGUGCACUUCUGGAACCUGGAGAUCCGCUAACCCCGGGGUAUCCCGCAACAGAAUUUGCGUAUCGCUUGCCAGAGGAGGAGAUCACAGUGUUUCCAUCCAUCCCUCUCCAUCCUAUUGGAUACAAUGACGCGCAGGAGUAUCUGAGCCACCUAGAUGGUGACAUUGCCCCUGCCGGCUGGAAUGGUUCCCUGCCGAUCACAUACAGACUCGGUCCAGGUUUCACCGGUGACUGGUCUGGUCGCAAGGUGGCGUUGCAUGUCUACACGAAUACGACCAUACGCAGGGUGUACAAUGUCGUGGGGAUGAUCAAAGGGAGGCUUGAAUCAGACCGUUACGUGAUGUUGGGUAACCACUACGACUCCUGGGUGCAGGGAGCCAUUGACGACACCAGCUCAACAGCCAUCAGUCUGGAGCUGACCAGGGUUUUCGGAGGACUUGUUAGAAAUGACAACUGGCGGCCCCGGAGAUCCAUAGUUUUCGCUGCCUGGGGAGCGGAAGAGUUUGCUCUACUGGGAUCAAUUGAAUAUGUGGAACAAUUCACGGAUAUCAUCAAGGAGCGGAUGGUCGCCUAUAUCAACAUGGAUAUAGGAGUCAGUGAUUGA